AUGAAAUACUUUAAUAUUAUUUUAAUAUUUGUACCAAUAUUAUGUUUUGCAACAUAUCAAACUUCUGCACGUAAAAUAGUUGCACCAGAAGUUGGAUGUUCUGUCUAUAUAGAAGAAAUAGGAUUAGCUAUUGCCAAACAAUAUGAACCAUCUGUUCCAAGUCAAAAGUUAUCAGCUUGUACUUAUAAUCCAAUCUACUUGGGUGACAACUGUUGCAAUUACAAUGAGAGUUUGCUUGUUAAUGAUACAAUGAUCUACUAUGAGAUGGUGUUUGGUGAGAAUCUGUCGUGUAUGCACUACAUUUGGGAUAUGAGUUGUGCUUUCUCAUGCAGUCCAAAUCAAGUUCAGUAUUUGGUGCCAGUCAAUGUCGACAGUCAAAACGAUCAGAUAUUAUCGAUCAAAUUCAACAUCAAUCCAACCUAUGCACAAUCAUUGUACGGAGCAUGCAAGACUGUGAAGGCACCCAAUGGUAAAUCGUUUGGACAGUUGUAUCCAACCUAUCAACAAUUCUUCCAAGGUGUCUUUGGUGACUCAAACAAUCCAAACUUUAAUGAUGUAAUUUAUAAUUAUGAUUCAACAAUUGGAUACAAUGGAAAUUAA